AUGACAGUUUCAAUCGAAGAAAUUAAAAAGCAUAAUACUAAAAAGGAUUGUUGGGUCAUAAUUCAUGGUAAAGUUUAUAAUGUCCUGGAUUUUAUUGAUGAACAUCCAGGUGGUUCAGCUAUUAUUUUGAAAUAUGCCGGUAAAGAUGCUACCAAGGCUUUUGAUCCUGUUCAUCCCGGUGAUACCUUAAUCAAAUAUUUGGCUCCAAAAUACCAUUUAGGUGAUGCAGAAAAAUCAACUGCACCAAAGAAGAAAAAUGAUGAAUAUGAUGAUGAUGAAGAUGAACCACCAACUCCGGAAGAAUUAGAUCGUCGUCAAUUGGUCAAGAAUAAACCUGAUUUAUCUCAAAUGUAUAAUCUUAAUGAUUUUGAAUUCGUUGCAAGACAUACUAUGGAAAAAACAGCCUGGGCAUAUUAUUCAAGUGGAUGUGAUGAUGAAAUUACAUUAAGAGAAAAUCAUGUUAGUUAUCAACGUAUCUUUUUCAAGCCUCGUGUACUUGUUGAUGUUAGUGAAAUUGAUCUUUCAACUACUAUGUUAGGUACCAAAGUUUCCAUUCCAAUUUAUAUUACUGCUACUGCCUUAGGUAAAUUAGGACAUCCAGAUGGUGAAAAAGUAUUAACUAGAAGUGCUGCCAAACAAGAUGUAAUCCAAAUGAUUCCAACUUUGGCUAGUUGUUCAUUUGAUGAAAUUGUUGAUCAAGCUAUUGAUAAACAAACUCAAUGGUUGCAAUUAUAUGUUAAUAAAGAUCGUAAAAUUUGUGAAUCGAUCGUAAGACAUGCUCAAAAGAGAGGGAUUAAAGGUUUAUUCAUUACAGUUGAUGCACCACAAUUAGGACGACGUGAAAAGGAUAUGAGACUGAAAAAAGUGGAAGAUUUAAGUCAUGUUCAAGGUGAUGAUGAUGAAGCUGAUCGUACCCAAGGUGCUGCUCGUGCUAUUAGUUCAUUCAUUGAUACUUCAUUAAAUUGGAAAGAUAUUAAAUGGUUUAGAUCCAUUACCAAGAUGCCUAUUAUUUUAAAGGGUAUUCAAACAGUUGAAGAUUCAUUAUUAGCCAUUGAACAUGGUGUUGAUGGGAUUGUUUUAAGUAAUCAUGGUGGUAGACAAUUAGAAUUCCUGAAACCUCCAUUAGAAGUAUUAAUUGAAUUAAUGCCAAUUUUAAAAUCAAAAGGAUUACAAGAUAAAUUAGAAAUUUAUAUUGAUGGUGGGGUUAGAAGAGCUACUGAUGUUUUAAAAGCUAUUUGUUUAGGUGCAAAAGGGGUUGGACUUGGUAGACCAUUUUUAUAUGCAAUGUCAACUUAUGGUGAUGAAGGGGUUUAUAAAGCUAUUCAAAUUUUAAAAGAUGAAAUGAUUAUGAAUAUGAGAUUAUUAGGAGUGACUAGUAUUGAUCAAUUAAAUGAUUCAUAUAUUGAUACUAGAAAUUUCCAAACAAGAUAUUUACCAGAAGAUAGAUUAUUUGGAUCAGUUUAUGAACCAUUAGUAAGUCCAACUUUCAAAUCAUCAAAAUUGUAG